GACACUGCCACCAUGGGAGCUCAGGGAUCAAAGCCAGACCACGAGGCAACCCCCGACAACGCCGACCAGUCCUUCUUUGCCGCCCGCACCCAACCCGUCAACUUCUCCGAGUCGCUCAUCAACCACCUCCAGUCCCAGUCGACCACCCCGUCCUCGGCCGUGCCCGCCUCGCGCCAGCAGGCCCUCGACUCGCACAUCCAGCAGCGCCUCGCCCACGAGCUCGAACGCCUCCGCGCCGACGAGCAGCACGUGCGCGACCAGAUCGAACGCGCUCUCGAAAAGGAGAACCUCGACCGCGAGCAGCGCGGCACUGGUGACGGCGACGACGCAAAGGCGCUCCCCCACUCGGCGUCGCUCCUGCACGACCUCGGCGAGCUCGAGAAGCGCGCUCAGGCUGUCCGCAAAGAGCGCGCACAGACCGACGAGUGGCGCCAAGUCGACGUCGGCAAGGACGACCUCGCAAAGUGCUUCCGGGACAACAAGGACACGCCCCUCGAGUGCCGCGACAAGGUCGAGGCCUUCAAGCGCGCCGUCGCCGGCGUCGAGUCGUCCUUCUUCCAGACCAUGAAGUCGUCCUAGAUCAUCCCUCCCCCGCGUAGACCCACUUCCCUUGCUCUCGCGCCUGCAAUCCCAAGCUGUGCCUGUACCCCUCUCU